AUGAAAAUCAACGCUUUGAGCUGUCUUUUUUUGGCCGCUACUGCCAAAGCCAUGAUACUUUCGAGCAGUUCAGAUUCCAUAUCCAUACUAGAAAAAAGACAAACUCCUCCAAAUGAACCGAAUCCGUCAACCAGCCAACAAUCGAAUCCAUCAACCAGCCAACAAUCGCAUCCGUCAACCAGCCAACAAUCAAAUCCAUCAAACAGCCAACAAUCGCAUCAGAGUGUUGUAACAUUUGAACCACAUUCUCCAGAAGGACCAUUUAAACCACAUUCUCCAGAAGGACCAUUUAUACCACAUUCUUCAGAAAAACCAUUUCGUCACAUCCUUGAUGGAGCACCACCAUUAAAGGCUAGCGAUCUCGGCUAUGAUGAUGACGGAACACCUUUGGACAAAAAUGAUCCUAGAUGUAAGGAACUGUCUACAGCUGAACGGUGUAUUCGUGCUGCUCGUGAAAUGACUCCAUCAUUAAUGGAAAAUGGUGCAAUGAUCGAAAGAAAAAUGGACGAGCUACAAUGGUGCCAGGAGAAAUACGAGCGGAUGGAGCUGCGCUUUAAAAGUUAUAAUGAAGACCUAAAUCAACAGAGAUCAUCCCCAUACAAGUCACAUCGAAAGAUCACUUUGGAAAAACUCGAGGCUCAAGCUCAGAAAUGCAAAAAUGUAAGAGACGAAGUUGAAAAAAUGAUGGACGAGAGGGAGCAAAUGAUGGCUAUUAUUAGACGUUAUAAUAUUAUAGCCACUCGAUUCAAAAUAAAAGACCAUAAAUAG